AUGUGUGAUAAAACUGAAGUGUUAAGUCAUCUACUUCAAAAGGGUUUUCCAAGAAAGUACACAUUUUGGUACAUGCAUGGGGAAAAACAUAUUCAAUCCAAUGUUGAAGAAGCACAAGCACGCGAAGACCCAAUUAGACAAUAUCCAAUGCAAGAUAUGUUAAAUGAUGUUUUUGGUGUCUUUGAUGAUCAUGGAAUUGAAGAUUCUGACACAUCAAAUCAACCUAAUGGCGACCACACUGGGGGUACAAAAGAUGCCAGUAAAGAAGAGUUAGAAAAAAUUAAAGAAUUGCUAAGGGAUGGGAAUCAAGAACUCUAUGAUGGUUGCACAAAAUAUAGCAAAUUGUCAUUCAUUGUUCGGUUGUAUCAUAUAAAAGUCUUAUGUGGUGCAACUGAUAAAACAUUUUCUUUGAUUAUUGAACUUUUAAAUGAUGCUUUUCCCCAUGCUAAAUUGCCAACAUCUUUCUAUGAGGCAAAAAAGAUGAUUAAAAGGUUGGGUCUAAGCUAUGAUAAGAUUCAUGCAUGUCCAAAAAAUUGCAUGUUAUUUUGGGGUUCACCGGAGGCUGAGAAGAUGGAUAAAUGCGAGAAGUGCAACACAUCCAGAUGGAAAUCAAAUGAAAAUGAUGGUGGUGCAAAUAAUAUGAUGGACGACACAAAGAAGAAAAAAACAAAACCAGCAAAAGUAUUGCGAUACUUUCCACUUAUACCUAGAUUGCUGAGACUAUACAUGUGCUCUAAAACUGCAGAGCAGUUGAAAUGGCAUGCUACGGGGGUAAACCCAGAUGGGUUAUUAAGGCAUCCUAGAGAUAGUAAAGCCUGGAAGGAAUUUGACUUAUUGUAUCCGGAUUUCGCUUCAGAGCCGCGUAAUUUACGAAUUGCAUUAGCUACCGAUGGUUUCAAUCCAUUUGGAACUUUAAGUUCCAAUAAUAGCAUUUGGCCAGUGAUGUUGUAUAUUUAUAACUAUCCUCCGUGGUGUUGUAUGAAGCAAACUUCUCUUAUCAUGUCAAUGAUAAUUCCUGGUCCUAAGAUGCCUGGCAAUAAUAUUGAUGUUUACCUGCAGCCCCUAGUUGCAGAAUUACAAAAAUUAUGGAUUGGUGUAGAUGCUUAUGAUUCCUCUACUGAUGAAAUGUUUCAAAUGCGUGCUUCAUUGUUUUGUACUAUAAGUGACUUUCCAGGUCUUGACAACUUAUCUGGGUGGAAUACACAUACAUUGCUUGCUUGUCCAUCAUGUAAUUUUAACACAGAAUCUAAAAGGUUGAAGUUUGGUAGAAAAAAUUGUUUCAUGGGGCAUCGUCGGUAUUUGUCACCUGAUCACAAGUACAGAUACAACAAACAUUCCUUUGAUGGUUCUACUGAACUUAGGCCUGCGCCUAUUCCACCAUCAGGUUCAGACAUGUUAAGACAAAUUGAG